AUGUCUCAAUCAAAUGUCGGAUAUCCUUCUUCAUAUGAGGGCGGAGACCAGCGCCACUAUAGCAGGGAGGAGGUUCGUGAGGAGGGUCGUACGCACCCCAACGUCAAUCCCGAGGGCUACUUAAAUAAAGAGGGAAUCAUGAAUGAGCUCCAAGAAGCCGACACCAACAGAAUAAUUGCAGACCGUAUGAAGCACGAACCAGGCUUCGCAGCCACCAUGCACGGCAACAAGCCCUCUCGCGGUGCCGAAAUCGACGCUGACCUCGCACGAGAAGAUGCAGAGCAGCUUGAAAGGAAGAAGAGCAAGACCGACAGCAUGCCUGGAAAGAAGAUGGAACACAACACCAGCAAGAGCGAGUGGAAACAGUAG